GCACUCGAUCGGCGCACGCGCACGUGUGUAUUGCGGUGUGUAUUAUAAUAGUACCGGUACGUACGUAUAUACGUACGGUAUGCUGUUAGUCCUAUCCUACGAGAGUUUCGUGACGCUUUCAUUUUAGAAUCUAGAAAAGCAAGUUUGAAUUCAUUCUCAACAUCGAUUUCCCAUCUAGUCUUUUUCGACAAUAAGAGUUGAAGAUGACGAACGACAAGGUCGCACCAUCCACCACAACAGAAGAGGAAUAUCAGCCCUUUCCUGAUCCCCUCCUUGGAACUGGACAAGAUGUCACCCCUAAUGGCGAUGGAGGAGUCCUAAAGGCUAUUAGGAAAGAGGGUGAUACUAUUGAGGAGGAUCGCCCAUUAAAGGGGGAUAAAGUUUUUGUUCAUUAUAUCGGCAGUCUCACAGACGGGACCUUGUUUGACUCCAGUCGGUCGAGGAAUGAGAAGUUUUCUUUCACCCUAGGAAAAGGCGAAGUAAUCAAAGCAUGGGAUAUGGGUGUUGCUACAAUGAGAAGAGGAGAGAUUGCUGUAUUCACAUGCAAACCAGAAUAUGCUUACGGCAAAACAAGUAAAGGGAAAAUUCCAGCAGAUUCUACCUUAGUAUUUGAAGUGGAGCUGUUUGACUGGAAAGGGGAGGAUCUGUCUGAGAAUAACGAGGAAGGGAUCGUUCGGCGUAUUGUGACAGAAGGAGAAGGAUACGACACUCCCAAUGAUGAGGCAGAAGUUGAAGCACACAUCAUUGGAUCGUACGAUGGAAGGGAAUUUGAGAACAGAGUGGUGAAAUACACAGUCACAGAGGGUAAUGAUGCAGGAAUCGUGGAAGGACUGGAAAUCGCCAUCAAGAGAAUGAAGAAGGGAGAGAAGGCAAGGUUAAAGGUCAAAUCUAAGUAUGCGUACGGGUCAAAGGGCAAUGCAGAAUACAACAUUCCAGGAAAUGCUGAUGUAACGUAUGAAGUCACACUCGCGAAAUUUGAAAAGGCAAAGGAACCGUGGGAGAUGGAUGUCAGCGAGAAGAUUGAACAAUCUGAGAUCGUCAAGGCCAAAGGAACUAAUUAUUUCAAGCAAGGAAAAUACCAAGAGGCCAUCAAGCAAUGGAAGAAAAUCAUCACCUAUCUGGAGACAGAAACCAUCACAGACGAGGAGCAGAAGAAGAAGUCAGAGGCGAUGCAGCUCGCGGCAAACCUCAACGUUGCCAUGGCAGCGAUCAAGGCUGAAGAGUUCUUUGAGGCUGUCAGUCAUUGUAAUAGGGCUAUUGAGCUGGAGUCCUCCAGCGUGAAAGGCUACUUCCGUCGGGGACAGGCCUACAUCCAUCUUUCUGAGUUCGACAAGGCCAAGCUGGACUUCCUCAAAGUUCUAGAGAUUGAGCCAGAGAACAAAGCAGCCAAGAACCAGCUGACGGUCAGUAAUCAGAAGCUCAAACAGCACCACGAGAAGGAGAAGAAGAUCUAUGGAAACAUGUUCCAACGGUUCGCUGAUCAGGAUAGAAGAGAAAAGCUUGCAAGGGAGAGAGCUCAGGGUGAUUUAAAAGUUGGUGUCUUCAGUGAUGCAGAAAAGAAAGGAGAGAAGACCACGCCAGAGGAGGAGGAGGAGAACGGAGUCUCGUCGGAAGGGGGAGAACAGAUGGAGGAUGACACAAAGGAGAGUCUGUCAACAGAGGAUGAAGGGAAGGAACAAGCAAUGGAAGCAUGAAUGAAUGUCAAGAUUUGAAAGACUUGAUUUUUUUAUUAAAAGAUAAGAAUUGGUUGAUGGAGGGAACGAACAAUCAGCGAAGCGUGGUUGAAUAUCAAGAUUUGAAAGACUUGAUUUUUUUAUUAAAAGAUAAGAAUUGGUUGAUGGAGGGAAUGAACAAUCAGCGAAGCGUGGUUGAAUAUCAGGAUGUGAAAGACUUGUUAAACAUGAGAGUUCACUGAUGGAGGAAACUCAACAAUUAGGGAAGCAUGAUUGCCUGGAUUUGUUUAAACCUAAGAAUUUGUUGAUGAGGAGAAUGAAUAAUCAGCAAAGCGUGGUUGAGUGUCAGGAUUUGACAGACUUGUUAAACAUAAAGCGUUUGUUGAUGGAGGGGAUGAACAAUGACAGACGCAUUUUUGAAUGUCAGUAUUUGAAAAGACUUGUUAAAGAGGAGAGUUUGUUGAUGGAGGAAAUGAAAAACCCAAGAAAGAAUGAUUGAAUGUCAGGAUUUGAAAGACUGGUGAACAAACACUUCUCUUAUGCUUGUUAUGCCAAAGUGUGAAUGCUGGAUAAACUUCAAGAUGUGACGAGACGGUUAGAAUUGGUAGACUUGUUACAGUACAUCAUUUGAAGUUCCUGGACCUUGGUUAGUUGGGUCCUAGGGAGCAUGUCAUGACCCAUGUAGUGAUUUUCCUUAUUUCCUAACCCUAACCUUGACUGAAAUUAUCAACUAAAUAUCCCUACACUUAUGUACUAGAAAGAUGUCAUUUUGAAAAGAUCACCUGACAUUUAGGACCCAUGUUUGAUAAGUCACUAGGCUCAGGACGGUAUUCCGGCCUAUCGGGUAUUUGCAAGUUCACUGCUAGGCAUUCAGGCCUACAUUGUAUCUGGUUCAAAGGGUUAAUAUGAUCUACCGGUACAUGUAAUCAACACUUGCCCUGUUCUAAAAUUACUGUUUACAGUACAUUGUUCUUAUGCUUGGCAUUCAUUACUUGUGGAACAAGUGACGUCUGUGGUAUGUUUGAGCCUGGCUAGCAGGCAUAUGUCAAACUGUAAAACAUUUAAAAUCAAUUGGAGAAAGCCCAAUUAUGUACACAUGUUGAUGCUAUUGUUAUGAAAUAACGUGAGAAUUGAAUAAUAAAUGUCCAGCAAAUUGA